UGCUGGUGCUCUGGCGCAUGCGUGCAGCGUUCUCUGUUCGCCCCAUCCCAGCAUCCGUUGCGGUGGGGUGAGGGGUCGUGGUAGGCCUAGGCCUAUGGCGGCGGUCUCCUGAGCCGGGCCUGGAGGCACAGUAGCAGCGCACCCACCAUGCACAGCUUGGCUACGGCUGCGCCUGUGCCAACAGCGCUGGCUCAGGUUGACCGUGAGAAGAUCUACCAGUGGAUCAAUGAGCUUUCCAGCCCUGAGACACGAGAGAAUGCACUGCUGGAGCUGAGCAAAAAGCGUGAGUCUGUGCCUGACCUUGCCCCAAUGCUGUGGCACUCCUUUGGUACCAUCGCAGCUCUCCUUCAGGAAAUUGUAAAUAUUUAUCCAUCAAUCAACCCUCCAACUCUGACAGCUCAUCAGUCCAACAGAGUCUGCAAUGCUUUAGCUCUGCUGCAGUGUGUUGCAUCACAUCCUGAAACAAGGUCAGCUUUUCUGGCAGCUCAUAUCCCUCUCUUCCUGUACCCCUUUCUACAUACAGUGAGUAAGACACGUCCAUUUGAGUACCUGCGGCUCACGAGCCUUGGUGUGAUUGGGGCCUUGGUGAAAACUGAUGAACAAGAAGUGAUAAACUUUUUAUUGACAACAGAAAUUAUCCCCCUGUGCUUGCGCAUUAUGGAAUCUGGCAGUGAACUCUCCAAAACGGUUGCUACGUUUAUUCUUCAGAAAAUCCUCCUGGAUGACACAGGGCUGGCAUAUAUCUGUCAGACUUAUGAGCGGUUUUCCCAUGUUGCCAUGAUACUGGGUAAAAUGGUCCUGCAGCUGUCCAAGGAGCCAUCGGCACGACUACUGAAACAUGUUGUCCGCUGCUACCUUCGCCUUUCUGAUAACCCCAGAUGUAGGGCACGUGAAGCACUCAGGCAGUGCCUUCCUGACCAACUGAAGGACACCACCUUCGCCCAGGUCCUGAAGGAUGACACCACCACCAAACGCUGGCUGGCUCAGCUUGUCAAGAACCUGCAGGAGGGUCAAGUCACUGACCCACGAGGGAUCCCGCUUCCUCCGCAAUGACUGCUGGGGGAGGUGGGGGACCGAAGAAGAAACAGCUCAGGUUUAGAAAGAACCAGGCACAGGUGACCUCUUCUGCAACAAAGCAGGCGUGCCAGCUGGCUGCUGGCCUGUCGGACCAUCCCACCCAGCCAAAGGGCUGCUCUGUAGUGGCGCAGCACACUUCCGGGGAUCGCAACACCAGCAAAUGCUGAUGCUACAGCUUCAGAAACCAAGAAACAAAUCAAUUGAAACUCAUCUGUAAGGAUCCCUGCCUCCCCGGGAGGCUUGGCUGGCAUCUCUCCCCCCACUGCCAGGCAGGGGGUAGCGCAGAUGUCUACUUUCAGCUAGCUCAGCCUACACCCAAGUGGUGUGUGUGACGUAGGGGUGCGCGCCACGUCCCUCCAGGUCUUGUCACUUCUUGUUUACACAUCUGUUUAGAUGAGUGAGCUGAAUAAAAGCUGAUACAGUUGUUCCGUUCCCUCUUAAGACUGCUACUUGGCUGCAGGUAGCCCAGGAACAGCUUUCUUCCCUGCCAGCACAUCCUUGCUCCUGGCUCUGCACUCAGCUGGUACAGUGAGCUUCUCCUUUCCUUUGGUGUGGAGGCAGUGGCUGGAGUCAGGGCACCACAGUUGCUCAUCCCAGGAGGAGGGGUGGAUUACUCGCGCAUCAUAAACUUGCUGCCCAGGGCUCUAGGGAAGAAGACAGCAUGACUGUGGUGCUUGUGCUGUAAAUAGUACGCUCCUGCAGCUAACCAGCAGCCAAGGGCUGAUGUCUGCAGGCCUCCUACCUAGCUCUUGCCCAGCUGGGCUGCUGUCUGGCUUGUGAAAUGGAGCCCAGCGUAGGGAACCUGACUUGUGGCUGGUAAGCUGGUGAACCCCUGCCACAGGGAGCAACAUCCUGCAGGCUGCAGGUAUGCAGCUUCUAUGCCAGGUGCCUGUCAGUCAUGCUCCCCUCCCUUUCCCCCCUCCUGCAGUUCCUCUGCCAGCCGGGUGCAUCCAUUUCAGCUUUCAAACCUGCCCUGGCAUCUGCCUUGUCCCCACCACAAUAGAACUGGACCAGCAGCUGUGUAUCUGCCUUCCCUGCGCUGAGGGCUUGGUUCGGCUGCGGUUGGGCUCUCAGAAGCAGCUAAAGAGCUCCUGGGCUCUGCUGCAGCAGAGCCUGUUUUGGCUGCAGGCGAGCCUGGGCAGUUACUUGAUUUCUCCCCCCUCUGCCAGUAGCCCAUUUUGCUGAUCAUCUGUGGUGUUAUGCCAACACUGUCUUAAAUCCCAUCUCCUUUCCCUCCUCCCUUCACAGCCUUGCAUAACAAGGGCAGAGCACGGCCUCUUCCUUACCCCUGGGGUCUCGUUUUAUAAUCCUUGACUUCUUUUUCCCUUCCCUCCACCCUGACCUUGACAGGGUGUGAAAAUGCUUCUGUUCCGUGGUUUUGGGGUUUCAUUUUGUUUUGUUUCGUUUCUUUUCUAAAUUCGGAUUAAUAAAUAAUAAAACCCCAGCUAGCACAAA